CUUCUUUGCCGUCCUCUGACUGCCCAUCAUGGCGGAUGGUCACCCCUCAUCAUCACGGCAACCGCCGGUGUCACCAUUAGCUACAUCGCAUUCACGUCGCGCACGCUCUGCCUCAGCAGAUACAGCCAACGCCCCAUUGCCUUCCGCCUCAGAUCGGGGCCUCACCGCCUCCGACCUCAUUGCUCACCAAUCCCUCCUCGAGCAACAAGCACGGGAAGCCAUUCCCUUUUCCUACACUCGUGCUUCUUGCACUUAUGAGAAGGGCUACAUACGCCAACCGUUGUGGGCUUGUAAGACUUGCGCCCACCUCAACGACGAGGAAGACGUACCCAUCAAUGUAUGCGCCGGCUGCUCUAUUGGCUGUCAUGCCGACCACGAGCUCGUCGAGCUCUUCGCCAAACGCGAUGCUCGGUGCGACUGCGGGAUGAUGCCAAGCGAUCAGGGAGAGCCUCACUUGCACCCUUGCAAGCUACGAGCUCCACCGCAGCACUUGAUCGACGCCAACACUCGUAACGUCUACUCGCGCAACCACCACGGGCACUUUUGCUACUGUGAGAAGGGCUACACCUACGACCCGCUCGAGGAAGAGGAGACGAUGUUUCAAUGUCUUGUCUGCGAGGACUGGUUUCAUGAGUCGUGCACGAGCCUGACGACGAAUGAUGUCGACCCAGGUAGAGGGCAUGUCAUCGAGCGACAGGCUCCACUCAUUGCCCACGAAUCGUUCGAUUCGUUCAUCUGCGACGCGUGCGUGAGGGAGAACAGGCCGUUGCUGCAUUACGUCGGGAAAGAGGGGUGGGGCGCUUGUUUGGAGAUGCCCGACGGGGUAAAGGAAGAGGAGAACGAGGAGAAGGACAAGGAAGCAUCAUCAUCAUUCCACCCGUCGCGCGCUGAGGGAUGGGAAGGCUCCUCAACAGAGAUGCUCGUCGAGGCGGAAGGCCAACAACCACGCAAAUACCUCGUUGUGGGUCUCCCCGCCAACACGGAGGAGCAAGAGGAGAUGAAAUCUCGCAAAGCCAGGGAGGCAGAGCUGAUUGCCCAGUCGGAUGCCGAAAGCGCUCAGAGCAGCAGCAGUGCCAUCAAGGGCUGGCGCAAGCGCCUCUGUCGCUGCUCCACCUGCGUGGCCGAGCUCACCUCUUAUCGCCACCUAGCCGGCAUUCUUCAAGAAGAGGAAACCUACGAGCCUCCCUCAAGCCCUCGCGCUUUAGCUCAGCAGCUCGAGCAUGCUGGUUCGCCGGACGACGACGCAACUAGCUCAACGAGCUCUUCGUACGACAUGGCAAUGAGCGCUCUUUCUUCUCUUCCGCGUGCUCAGACUCUCGAAGCGAUGCAGGGCUACUCGCGGUUGAAGGACGCCCUUUAUGAGCAUCUUAGGCCGUUCGCGCGUGAGGGACGGAUGGUGGAUGAGAGCGCCAUUACUGAGUUCUUCGAGGACUGGAAGAGGAGAGAGAGGGAGGGUAGGGAUUGA